AUGGAGGGCGGCCUGAAGCAGCCCAGCCAGGGGAAGGGGCCCAAAGAGGUGGGGGACAGCCAGGCCCUGGCCAAGCUGCAGGAGCUGGCCUGGACGUGGUUCAUGGAGACACAGGCGCCCCUCAUUCUGCACGACGGAGCCCUGCCCCCCUGGUUUCACGGAUUCGUCACCCGCAAGCAGACGGAGAAGCUGCUUGGGGACAAAGCUCUGGGCUCCUUCCUCAUCCGCCUCAGCGACCGGGCCACCAGCUACAUCUUGUCCUACAGGGGCAGUGACCGCUGUCGGCACUUUGUCAUCAACCAGCUCCCCGACCGGCGCUACCUCGUCUCGGGGGACACGCGCAGCCACAGGACACUGGCCGAGCUUGUGCGCCAUUACCAGGAGGUCCAGUUUGAGCCUUUUGGGGAGACCCUGUCUGCUGCCUGCCCCCGGCCGGAGGACAGCGAUCUGUACGAUGCCAUCACCCCUGGCCUGGAGAAUCCGCCUGCCACGGCGUCCGCCCCGAGGGGCCCAGUCGACGCUGCCAGCCCCUGCCCCUGUCCAAAGCCACCCGUGUCCUUCCUCCACACAAAGAAGAACCUGGACGGGAGUUCCUGCAGCUUCUCUGAGGACGAAUGCAUGGCGGUCCCUGUCAGGGUGCCUCCCCUCCCUGAGAGGAGUGCCCUCCUUCUGGACGAGUCUUUCGGAAGCCCCAACGACAUCAUCUACUCAGACCUGAGGAAGACGAACCAGGCACGGCCAGGCCUGGGCGCGGACGUGUCCAGCAGGCACGGCCUGGGCCCGGUUGGCAGCCUGGCUUGCUCCCCAGGCAAGGGGCCCCCGAGGAGACGCUCGGAUGGAGGCCGGGACAGGCCUGACGGCCCAGGGCCCGCCCUCUCUGGGGUGAGCCCAGACCGCGGUCCUGUGAUGCCUCCCACUUCCUGGGGCUACCUCCCGGCCCCCCCUUCUGAGGCCCUAGGAUCCUCUGCUGCCACCUGGGGCCAGGCGUCCCCAAAGCUGAGCCACAGGGCUCAGCCCUGCUCCCAGGACAGCCCGGCAGACGCCUACGAGCUCCUACAGACGGCAGGUCCCCCAUCAGAGCCCGGCGACGUGCCGGACCAAGAAGGCGGCACCUGGGCACCGGCCCCAGUUUGCUGGGGCAGCUCAGCUGGGCCCCCGUGUCCUGGAACGGGCGCCCCGUCCAACAAGCUGCCAGGAUCCACAGUCUAUGGUUACGAGAGCCUCUCGGGGGCCCCGGGGCUCCCCGAGCCCAGAAACACCUAUGAACAAAUCCCAGCAGCCAGGAGCAAGGAGACUGGACGGACACACAAGCCCGACAAGCACCGGAGGAUCUUCUUCACAGACAAGAAGCACAGAGCCUGAGGGGGGCCUGCCGGGGGGCCUGCCGGGGGGCUUCCCGGGGAGCCCGCGGCCCACCC